AUGCAUCUGGUGGCAGCACCUAAACCUCUCCUUUACGGGGUGGUUUCCACCUGGGAGACGGACUGGCGACAAUGGCCAGAGGGCGGCUCCCCGGAAGCGAAUGAAUGCAGGACGCGAGCUGUUGUAAACGGGCAAAAACGAGCAUUCCAAGACGCAACAGCUCUUGUACAUCUUAAAAACGGCCGGGUGGCCAUCAAACGAGCCCUGCUCAAGGAGCACCGGAAGUUUUCCUUCCAUCAGGGUGGAUGGGGAGCAUCACUGGCUGACAGACUUGCCAGAAAAUGUGAUGUUCUGAAUCGUGGCUUUUCAGGCUAUAAUACCAGAUGGGCCAAAAUUAUCCUUCCAAGAUUAAUCAAGAAAGGGAACAUUUUAGACAAUCCGGUAGCAGUUACAAUUUUCUUUGGUGCCAACGACAGUGCACUAAAAGACGAGAACCCCAAGCAGCACAUCCCCCUGGACGAGUACGUGGCGAAUCUAAAGAGCAUAGUGCAGUAUCUGAGAUCCGUGGACGUCCCAGAGAACAGGGUCAUUCUCAUCACGCCACCCCCUCUCUGUGAGGCAGCGUGGGAAAAGGAGUGCCUCGCAAAAGGCUGCAAGUUAAAUCGCCUGAACUCAGUGGUGGGUGAAUACGCCAGUGGCUGCUUACGUGUCGCCCGGGACUGUGGGACUGACGUGCUUGACCUGUGGGCCUUGAUGCAGCAGGAUGGGCAGGACUUCUCAUCCUAUUUGUCAGAUGGACUGCAUUUGUCACCGAAGGGAAAUGAGUUUCUGUUCUCACACCUCUGGCCUUUGAUAGAGAAGAAAGUCUCUUCCCUACCGUUGCUGCUCCCUUACUGGAGAGACAUAGCAGAAGCAAAGCCGGAACUCAGUCUUCUGGGAGAUGGGGACCAUUAGCCACCAAUAACCAAGGCUGGCUGUUAAUUUACAGAAUGAGAUGUCACCAGUGCAUAAAAAUCUCAAGAUAAGUGAUCAACGAA